AAGGGAAUAAAAAAGAAGAGGAAUCAUAAAUUGAACGGAAACCCUAACAAACAUUCCACAUUUCACUCUCUCCCCCGUCCGGCCCCUACCCGUCGCAUAUAUCACUCCUCCGCCGUCACACUCACCGGACCCCACCCCUACUCCACCGCAAUGGACGAAAACGACGUAACAAACGAAGUAGUGAAAACAAAGAAGAAAGGUAAACACGAUAAACCAAAACCAUGGGACGAUGAUCCUAACAUCGACCAUUGGAAAGUUGAGAAAUUCGAUCCAUCAUGGAACGAAAGUGGAAUGCUUGAUGUAAGUUCAUUCUCUACUCUCUUCCCUCAAUAUCGUGAAAAGUAUCUUCAAGAAGCUUGGCCACUCGUUAAAUCGUCGCUCAAAGAAUUUGGUAUCUCUGCUGAACUCAAUUUGGUUGAAGGUUCAAUGACAGUUUCAACAACUAGAAAAACUAAGGAUCCUUAUAUUGUUGUUAAAGCUAGGGAUCUUAUCAGGCUUCUUUCUCGGAGUGUUCCUGCACCGCAGGCAAUAAAAAUACUUGACGAUGAAAUGCAAUGUGACAUCAUUAAAAUUAGCGGGUUGGUUCGCAACAAGGAGCGAUUCGUAAAAAGAAGACAGCAUCUUGUGGGUCCCAAUUCUUCCACCUUGAAGGCUCUUGAAAUACUCACAGGCUGUUACAUUCUCGUCCAGGGAAACACGGUUUCUGUGAUGGGUUCAUACAAAGGUUUGAAGCAGGUCAGAAGGAUUGUUGAGGAAUGUAUGUUGAAUAAAAUGCACCCUGUCUACAACAUUAAGAUUCUUAUGAUGAAGAAGGAACUUGAAAAAGAUCCUGCACUUGCCCAAGAGAGCUGGGAUAGGUUUCUCCCAAAGUUUAACAAGAAAAAUGUAAAACAAAAGAAGGUUAGCGCUAAACAGAAGAAGCCAUAUACUCCUUUCCCUCCUCCUCAACAGCCCAGUAAGGUUGAUAUACAAUUAGAAACUGGUGAGUACUUUAUGAGUGACAAAAAGAAAUCGGCAAAGAAAUGGCAAGAACGGCAGGAGAAGCAGGCAGAAAAAACUGCUGCGAACAAAAGAAAACGAGACGAGUCAUUUAUCCCACCCAAGGAAUCUACAAAGUCUGUGGAUAACUCUGAGGAUGCUAAUAAUAAUGUAGCUGAAAUGGCAAUGUCCUUAAAGAAAAAAGCUAAGAAUUUUGGAAAGCGCAAGUCGGACGAAAAUAUAAAUGCCGAGACAUACAUUAUGGGGUCAUCAGAACAACCAUCAAGAAAGAAAUCUAAGCAACAAAAGUCUUAGCAUGAUCUUCAUUCUGAAAGAUGGAAGAUGUUCAUCCAUAAAUUUUGAUCCUAUGUUAUUUGUAAGACUGUAACAUGUUCACUUCUGGUCCCUAUACAAUUUUUUGCUUUCAAAAUCGUUGCCAGACACUUAAGUAUAAUAUCCAAUGUCUUGAGUUACUGAUGAGUUAUAUUAGAUUCUUGUGCUAAAUUUGGUACAGUACUAUCUUGGGUGUUAUGGGAGAAAUUGUAACAUUUUAAUCUUGGUUGAUACCUUUUAAGUUUAUUACUUCUUUACAUUUAAA